AUGGAAGAGAUAGAUGAAGAGGACUAUGUGCUCCUUCCAGAGCAGCAGCGCCCAUUCACCUCCGGCGUCCGUCGCAAACGCGUGAAGUUCGUCCGCUCCUCCGAUCUGGAUACCACCACCACUCCAGCUUCCUCUACAACCUCCGGAGCAAGCAUAGCAGACACAUAUCUUUCUAUUGUGAUGAAACAGUCAAAAUCAAAGACAUCACCAAGUACACCAACACCAAGGGAACAACCACCCUCUCCGCGCACAACACACUCCGCGCCACCACCCACCGAAGCAGCAUUCCCUCCACCAGCAGAAGAAACAAAAGCAAGACCAGAAGCAGAGCAAACAUCAAACCCAUACCCCGUCAAUAAUUGCGAAAUCUGCAACCUCCCUCUUACCAACCAAACAGACCAGCCCCACGAAGCAUCCCUAGCCCACCAAGUCUGCCUAACACACUCCCACCCUCCCUCCCACCUUGACCGGACCCGCCAAGGCAUGCGCUACCUUUCAACAUACGGCUGGGAUCCAGAUAGCAGACGCGGUCUAGGUGCACCCGGCCGGGAGGGGAUAAGGGAGCCCCUAAAACCUCGUCCGAAGAAUGAUACAGCUGGGUUGGGGACUGGGCUUGAUGCGGAUGGUGAUCCGUUGCCGCCUAGACUGCCGCCGCCGCCGAAAGUGCAGAAGAUGAAUGCUAAGCAGAGUGCUAAGAAGACUGCUGCGGAUCGGGCUCGUGGGGAGAGGAUGCGGAGGUUGCUUUUCUCUAAUGAUGAGGUUGUGAAGUAUCUUGGAGAGGAGGCGUGA